AUGGGAUCAGGGCGGCUUGCUCUAUACUCACUUGAUGCAGCAGGGCGGCUUGCUCUAUACUCACUUGAUGCAGCAGGGCGGCUUGCUCUAUACUCACUUGAUGCAGCAGGGCGGCUUGCUCUAUACUCACUUGAUGCAGCAGGGCGGCUUGCUCUAUACUCACUUGAUGCAGCAGGGCGGCUUGCUCUAUACUCACUUGAUGCAGCAGGGCGGCUUGCUCUAUACUCACUUGAUGCAGCAGGGCGGCUUGCUCUAUACUCACUUGAUGCAGCAGGGCGGCUUGCUCUAUACUCACUUGAUGCAGCAGGGCGGCUUGCUCUAUACUCACUUGAUGCAGCAGGGCGGCUUGCUCUAUACUCACUUGAUGCAGCAGGGCGGCUUGCUCUAUACUCACUUGAUGCAGCAGGGCGGCUUGCUCUAUACUCACUUGAUGCAGCAGGGCGGCUUGCUCUAUACUCACUUGAUGCAGCAGGGCGGCUUGCUCUAUACUCACUUGAUGCAGCAGGGCGGCUUGCUCUAUACUCACUUGAUGCAGCAGGGCGGCUUGCUCUAUACUCACUUGAUGCAGCAGGGCGGCUUGCUCUAUACUCACUUGAUGCAGCAGGGCGGCUUGCUCUAUACUCACUUGAUGCAGCAGGGCGGCUUGCUCUAUACUCACUUGAUGCAGCAGGGCGGCUUGCUCUAUACUCACUUGAUGCAGCAGGGCGGCUUGCUCUAUACUCACUUGAUGCAGCAGGGCGGCUUGCUCUAUACUCACUUGAUGCAGCAGGGCGGCUUGCUCUAUACUCACUUGAUGCAGCAGGGCGGCUUGCUCUAUACUCACUUGAUGCAGCAGGGCGGCUUGCUCUAUACUCACUUGAUGCAGCAGGGCGGCUUGCUCUAUACUCACUUGAUGCAGCAGGGCGGCUUGCUCUAUACUCACUUGAUGCAGCAGGGCGGCUUGCUCUAUACUCACUUGAUGCAGCAGGGCGGCUUGCUCUAUACUCACUUGAUGCAGCAGGGCGGCUUGCUCUAUACUCACUUGAUGCAGCAGGGCGGCUUGCUCUAUACUCACUUGAUGCAGCAGGGCGGCUUGCUCUAUACUCACUUGAUGCAGCAGGGCGGCUUGCUCUAUACUCACUUGAUGCAGCAGGGCGGCUUGCUCUAUACUCACUUGAUGCAGCAGGGCGGCUUGCUCUAUACUCACUUGAUGCAGCAGGGCGGCUUGCUCUAUACUCACUUGAUGCAGCAGGGCGGCUUGCUCUAUACUCACUUGAUGCAGCAGGGCGGCUUGCUCUAUACUCACUUGAUGCAGCAGGGCGGCUUGCUCUAUACUCACUUGAUGCAGCAGGGCGGCUUGCUCUAUACUCACUUGAUGCAGCAGGGCGGCUUGCUCUAUACUCACUUGAUGCAGCAGGGCGGCUUGCUCUAUACUCACUUGAUGCAGCAGGGCGGCUUGCUCUAUACUCACUUGAUGCAGCAGGGCGGCUUGCUCUAUACUCACUUGAUGCAGCAGGGCGGCUUGCUCUAUACUCACUUGAUGCAGCAGGGCGGCUUGCUCUAUACUCACUUGAUGCAGCAGGGCGGCUUGCUCUAUACUCACUUGAUGCAGCAGGGCGGCUUGCUCUAUACUCACUUGAUGCAGCAGGGCGGCUUGCUCUAUACUCACUUGAUGCAGCAGGGCGGCUUGCUCUAUACUCACUUGAUGCAGCAGGGCGGCUUGCUCUAUACUCACUUGAUGCAGCAGGGCGGCUUGCUCUAUACUCACUUGAUGCAGCAGGGCGGCUUGCUCUAUACUCACUUGAUGCAGCAGGGCGGCUUGCUCUAUACUCACUUGAUGCAGCAGGGCGGCUUGCUCUAUACUCACUUGAUGCAGCAGGGCGGCUUGCUCUAUACUCACUUGAUGCAGCAGGGCGGCUUGCUCUAUACUCACUUGAUGCAGCAGGGCGGCUUGCUCUAUACUCACUUGAUGCAGCAGGGCGGCUUGCUCUAUACUCACUUGAUGCAGCAGGGCGGCUUGCUCUAUACUCACUUGAUGCAGCAGGGCGGCUUGCUCUAUACUCACUUGAUGCAGCAGGGCGGCUUGCUCUAUACUCACUUGAUGCAGCAGGGCGGCUUGCUCUAUACUCACUUGAUGCAGCAGGGCGGCUUGCUCUAUACUCACUUGAUGCAGCAGGGCGGCUUGCUCUAUACUCACUUGAUGCAGCAGGGCGGCUUGCUCUAUACUCACUUGAUGCAGCAGGGCGGCUUGCUCUAUACUCACUUGAUGCAGCAGGGCGGCUUGCUCUAUACUCACUUGAUGCAGCAGGGCGGCUUGCUCUAUACUCACUUGAUGCAGCAGGGCGGCUUGCUCUAUACUCACUUGAUGCAGCAGGGCGGCUUGCUCUAUACUCACUUGAUGCAGCAGGGCGGCUUGCUCUAUACUCACUUGAUGCAGCAGGGCGGCUUGCUCUAUACUCACUUGAUGCAGCAGGGCGGCUUGCUCUAUACUCACUUGAUGCAGCAGGGCGGCUUGCUCUAUACUCACUUGAUGCAGCAGGGCGGCUUGCUCUAUACUCACUUGAUGCAGCAGGGCGGCUUGCUCUAUACUCACUUGAUGCAGCAGGGCGGCUUGCUCUAUACUCACUUGAUGCAGCAGGGCGGCUUGCUCUAUACUCACUUGAUGCAGCAGGGCGGCUUGCUCUAUACUCACUUGAUGCAGCAGGGCGGCUUGCUCUAUACUCACUUGAUGCAGCAGGGCGGCUUGCUCUAUACUCACUUGAUGCAGCAGGGCGGCUUGCUCUAUACUCACUUGAUGCAGCAGGGCGGCUUGCUCUAUACUCACUUGAUGCAGCAGGGCGGCUUGCUCUAUACUCACUUGAUGCAGCAGGGCGGCUUGCUCUAUACUCACUUGAUGCAGCAGGGCGGCUUGCUCUAUACUCACUUGAUGCAGCAGGGCGGCUUGCUCUAUACUCACUUGAUGCAGCAGGGCGGCUUGCUCUAUACUCACUUGAUGCAGCAGGGCGGCUUGCUCUAUACUCACUUGAUGCAGCAGGGCGGCUUGCUCUAUACUCACUUGAUGCAGCAGGGCGGCUUGCUCUAUACUCACUUGAUGCAGCAGGGCGGCUUGCUCUAUACUCACUUGAUGCAGCAGGGCGGCUUGCUCUAUACUCACUUGAUGCAGCAGGGCGGCUUGCUCUAUACUCACUUGAUGCAGCAGGGCGGCUUGCUCUAUACUCACUUGAUGCAGCAGGGCGGCUUGCUCUAUACUCACUUGAUGCAGCAGGGCGGCUUGCUCUAUACUCACUUGAUGCAGCAGGGCGGCUUGCUCUAUACUCACUUGAUGCAGCAGGGCGGCUUGCUCUAUACUCACUUGAUGCAGCAGGGCGGCUUGCUCUAUACUCACUUGAUGCAGCAGGGCGGCUUGCUCUAUACUCACUUGAUGCAGCAGGGCGGCUUGCUCUAUACUCACUUGAUGCAGCAGGGCGGCUUGCUCUAUACUCACUUGAUGCAGCAGGGCGGCUUGCUCUAUACUCACUUGAUGCAGCAGGGCGGCUUGCUCUAUACUCACUUGAUGCAGCAGGGCGGCUUGCUCUAUACUCACUUGAUGCAGCAGGGCGGCUUGCUCUAUACUCACUUGAUGCAGCAGGGCGGCUUGCUCUAUACUCACUUGAUGCAGCAGGGCGGCUUGCUCUAUACUCACUUGAUGCAGCAGGGCGGCUUGCUCUAUACUCACUUGAUGCAGCAGGGCGGCUUGCUCUAUACUCACUUGAUGCAGCAGGGCGGCUUGCUCUAUACUCACUUGAUGCAGCAGGGCGGCUUGCUCUAUACUCACUUGAUGCAGCAGGGCGGCUUGCUCUAUACUCACUUGAUGCAGCAGGGCGGCUUGCUCUAUACUCACUUGAUGCAGCAGGGCGGCUUGCUCUAUACUCACUUGAUGCAGCAGGGCGGCUUGCUCUAUACUCACUUGAUGCAGCAGGGCGGCUUGCUCUAUACUCACUUGAUGCAGCAGGGCGGCUUGCUCUAUACUCACUUGAUGCAGCAGGGCGGCUUGCUCUAUACUCACUUGAUGCAGCAGGGCGGCUUGCUCUAUACUCACUUGAUGCAGCAGGGCGGCUUGCUCUAUACUCACUUGAUGCAGCAGGGCGGCUUGCUCUAUACUCACUUGAUGCAGCAGGGCGGCUUGCUCUAUACUCACUUGAUGCAGCAGGGCGGCUUGCUCUAUACUCACUUGAUGCAGCAGGGCGGCUUGCUCUAUACUCACUUGAUGCAGCAGGGCGGCUUGCUCUAUACUCACUUGAUGCAGCAGGGCGGCUUGCUCUAUACUCACUUGAUGCAGCAGGGCGGCUUGCUCUAUACUCACUUGAUGCAGCAGGGCGGCUUGCUCUAUACUCACUUGAUGCAGCAGGGCGGCUUGCUCUAUACUCACUUGAUGCAGCAGGGCGGCUUGCUCUAUACUCACUUGAUGCAGCAGGGCGGCUUGCUCUAUACUCACUUGAUGCAGCAGGGCGGCUUGCUCUAUACUCACUUGAUGCAGCAGGGCGGCUUGCUCUAUACUCACUUGAUGCAGCAGGGCGGCUUGCUCUAUACUCACUUGAUGCAGCAGGGCGGCUUGCUCUAUACUCACUUGAUGCAGCAGGGCGGCUUGCUCUAUACUCACUUGAUGCAGCAGGGCGGCUUGCUCUAUACUCACUUGAUGCAGCAGGGCGGCUUGCUCUAUACUCACUUGAUGCAGCAGGGCGGCUUGCUCUAUACUCACUUGAUGCAGCAGGGCGGCUUGCUCUAUACUCACUUGAUGCAGCAGGGCGGCUUGCUCUAUACUCACUUGAUGCAGCAGGGCGGCUUGCUCUAUACUCACUUGAUGCAGCAGGGCGGCUUGCUCUAUACUCACUUGAUGCAGCAGGGCGGCUUGCUCUAUACUCACUUGAUGCAGCAGGGCGGCUUGCUCUAUACUCACUUGAUGCAGCAGGGCGGCUUGCUCUAUACUCACUUGAUGCAGCAGGGCGGCUUGCUCUAUACUCACUUGAUGCAGCAGGGCGGCUUGCUCUAUACUCACUUGAUGCAGCAGGGCGGCUUGCUCUAUACUCACUUGAUGCAGCAGGGCGGCUUGCUCUAUACUCACUUGAUGCAGCAGGGCGGCUUGCUCUAUACUCACUUGAUGCAGCAGGGCGGCUUGCUCUAUACUCACUUGAUGCAGCAGGGCGGCUUGCUCUAUACUCACUUGAUGCAGCAGGGCGGCUUGCUCUAUACUCACUUGAUGCAGCAGGGCGGCUUGCUCUAUACUCACUUGAUGCAGCAGGGCGGCUUGCUCUAUACUCACUUGAUGCAGCAGGGCGGCUUGCUCUAUACUCACUUGAUGCAGCAGGGCGGCUUGCUCUAUACUCACUUGAUGCAGCAGGGCGGCUUGCUCUAUACUCACUUGAUGCAGCAGGGCGGCUUGCUCUAUACUCACUUGAUGCAGCAGGGCGGCUUGCUCUAUACUCACUUGAUGCAGCAGGGCGGCUUGCUCUAUACUCACUUGAUGCAGCAGGGCGGCUUGCUCUAUACUCACUUGAUGCAGCAGGGCGGCUUGCUCUAUACUCACUUGAUGCAGCAGGGCGGCUUGCUCUAUACUCACUUGAUGCAGCAGGGCGGCUUGCUCUAUACUCACUUGAUGCAGCAGGGCGGCUUGCUCUAUACUCACUUGAUGCAGCAGGGCGGCUUGCUCUAUACUCACUUGAUGCAGCAGGGCGGCUUGCUCUAUACUCACUUGAUGCAGCAGGGCGGCUUGCUCUAUACUCACUUGAUGCAGCAGGGCGGCUUGCUCUAUACUCACUUGAUGCAGCAGGGCGGCUUGCUCUAUACUCACUUGAUGCAGCAGGGCGGCUUGCUCUAUACUCACUUGAUGCAGCAGGGCGGCUUGCUCUAUACUCACUUGAUGCAGCAGGGCGGCUUGCUCUAUACUCACUUGAUGCAGCAGGGCGGCUUGCUCUAUACUCACUUGAUGCAGCAGGGCGGCUUGCUCUAUACUCACUUGAUGCAGCAGGGCGGCUUGCUCUAUACUCACUUGAUGCAGCAGGGCGGCUUGCUCUAUACUCACUUGAUGCAGCAGGGCGGCUUGCUCUAUACUCACUUGAUGCAGCAGGGCGGCUUGCUCUAUACUCACUUGAUGCAGCAGGGCGGCUUGCUCUAUACUCACUUGAUGCAGCAGGGCGGCUUGCUCUAUACUCACUUGAUGCAGCAGGGCGGCUUGCUCUAUACUCACUUGAUGCAGCAGGGCGGCUUGCUCUAUACUCACUUGAUGCAGCAGGGCGGCUUGCUCUAUACUCACUUGAUGCAGCAGGGCGGCUUGCUCUAUACUCACUUGAUGCAGCAGGGCGGCUUGCUCUAUACUCACUUGAUGCAGCAGGGCGGCUUGCUCUAUACUCACUUGAUGCAGCAGGGCGGCUUGCUCUAUACUCACUUGAUGCAGCAGGGCGGCUUGCUCUAUACUCACUUGAUGCAGCAGGGCGGCUUGCUCUAUACUCACUUGAUGCAGCAGGGCGGCUUGCUCUAUACUCACUUGAUGCAGCAGGGCGGCUUGCUCUAUACUCACUUGAUGCAGCAGGGCGGCUUGCUCUAUACUCACUUGAUGCAGCAGGGCGGCUUGCUCUAUACUCACUUGAUGCAGCAGGGCGGCUUGCUCUAUACUCACUUGAUGCAGCAGGGCGGCUUGCUCUAUACUCACUUGAUGCAGCAGGGCGGCUUGCUCUAUACUCACUUGAUGCAGCAGGGCGGCUUGCUCUAUACUCACUUGAUGCAGCAGGGCGGCUUGCUCUAUACUCACUUGAUGCAGCAGGGCGGCUUGCUCUAUACUCACUUGAUGCAGCAGGGCGGCUUGCUCUAUACUCACUUGAUGCAGCAGGGCGGCUUGCUCUAUACUCACUUGAUGCAGCAGGGCGGCUUGCUCUAUACUCACUUGAUGCAGCAGGGCGGCUUGCUCUAUACUCACUUGAUGCAGCAGGGCGGCUUGCUCUAUACUCACUUGAUGCAGCAGGGCGGCUUGCUCUAUACUCACUUGAUGCAGCAGGGCGGCUUGCUCUAUACUCACUUGAUGCAGCAGGGCGGCUUGCUCUAUACUCACUUGAUGCAGCAGGGCGGCUUGCUCUAUACUCACUUGAUGCAGCAGGGCGGCUUGCUCUAUACUCACUUGAUGCAGCAGGGCGGCUUGCUCUAUACUCACUUGAUGCAGCAGGGCGGCUUGCUCUAUACUCACUUGAUGCAGCAGGGCGGCUUGCUCUAUACUCACUUGAUGCAGCAGGGCGGCUUGCUCUAUACUCACUUGAUGCAGCAGGGCGGCUUGCUCUAUACUCACUUGAUGCAGCAGGGCGGCUUGCUCUAUACUCACUUGAUGCAGCAGGGCGGCUUGCUCUAUACUCACUUGAUGCAGCAGGGCGGCUUGCUCUAUACUCACUUGAUGCAGCAGGGCGGCUUGCUCUAUACUCACUUGAUGCAGCAGGGCGGCUUGCUCUAUACUCACUUGAUGCAGCAGGGCGGCUUGCUCUAUACUCACUUGAUGCAGCAGGGCGGCUUGCUCUAUACUCACUUGAUGCAGCAGGGCGGCUUGCUCUAUACUCACUUGAUGCAGCAGGGCGGCUUGCUCUAUACUCACUUGAUGCAGCAGGGCGGCUUGCUCUAUACUCACUUGAUGCAGCAGGGCGGCUUGCUCUAUACUCACUUGAUGCAGCAGGGCGGCUUGCUCUAUACUCACUUGAUGCAGCAGGGCGGCUUGCUCUAUACUCACUUGAUGCAGCAGGGCGGCUUGCUCUAUACUCACUUGAUGCAGCAGGGCGGCUUGCUCUAUACUCACUUGAUGCAGCAGGGCGGCUUGCUCUAUACUCACUUGAUGCAGCAGGGCGGCUUGCUCUAUACUCACUUGAUGCAGCAGGGCGGCUUGCUCUAUACUCACUUGAUGCAGCAGGGCGGCUUGCUCUAUACUCACUUGAUGCAGCAGGGCGGCUUGCUCUAUACUCACUUGAUGCAGCAGGGCGGCUUGCUCUAUACUCACUUGAUGCAGCAGGGCGGCUUGCUCUAUACUCACUUGAUGCAGCAGGGCGGCUUGCUCUAUACUCACUUGAUGCAGCAGGGCGGCUUGCUCUAUACUCACUUGAUGCAGCAGGGCGGCUUGCUCUAUACUCACUUGAUGCAGCAGGGCGGCUUGCUCUAUACUCACUUGAUGCAGCAGGGCGGCUUGCUCUAUACUCACUUGAUGCAGCAGGGCGGCUUGCUCUAUACUCACUUGAUGCAGCAGGGCGGCUUGCUCUAUACUCACUUGAUGCAGCAGGGCGGCUUGCUCUAUACUCACUUGAUGCAGCAGGGCGGCUUGCUCUAUACUCACUUGAUGCAGCAGGGCGGCUUGCUCUAUACUCACUUGAUGCAGCAGGGCGGCUUGCUCUAUACUCACUUGAUGCAGCAGGGCGGCUUGCUCUAUACUCACUUGAUGCAGCAGGGCGGCUUGCUCUAUACUCACUUGAUGCAGCAGGGCGGCUUGCUCUAUACUCACUUGAUGCAGCAGGGCGGCUUGCUCUAUACUCACUUGAUGCAGCAGGGCGGCUUGCUCUAUACUCACUUGAUGCAGCAGGGCGGCUUGCUCUAUACUCACUUGAUGCAGCAGGGCGGCUUGCUCUAUACUCACUUGAUGCAGCAGGGCGGCUUGCUCUAUACUCACUUGAUGCAGCAGGGCGGCUUGCUCUAUACUCACUUGAUGCAGCAGGGCGGCUUGCUCUAUACUCACUUGAUGCAGCAGGGCGGCUUGCUCUAUACUCACUUGAUGCAGCAGGGCGGCUUGCUCUAUACUCACUUGAUGCAGCAGGGCGGCUUGCUCUAUACUCACUUGAUGCAGCAGGGCGGCUUGCUCUAUACUCACUUGAUGCAGCAGGGCGGCUUGCUCUAUACUCACUUGAUGCAGCAGGGCGGCUUGCUCUAUACUCACUUGAUGCAGCAGGGCGGCUUGCUCUAUACUCACUUGAUGCAGCAGGGCGGCUUGCUCUAUACUCACUUGAUGCAGCAGGGCGGCUUGCUCUAUACUCACUUGAUGCAGCAGGGCGGCUUGCUCUAUACUCACUUGAUGCAGCAGGGCGGCUUGCUCUAUACUCACUUGAUGCAGCAGGGCGGCUUGCUCUAUACUCACUUGAUGCAGCAGGGCGGCUUGCUCUAUACUCACUUGAUGCAGCAGGGCGGCUUGCUCUAUACUCACUUGAUGCAGCAGGGCGGCUUGCUCUAUACUCACUUGAUGCAGCAGGGCGGCUUGCUCUAUACUCACUUGAUGCAGCAGGGCGGCUUGCUCUAUACUCACUUGAUGCAGCAGGGCGGCUUGCUCUAUACUCACUUGAUGCAGCAGGGCGGCUUGCUCUAUACUCACUUGAUGCAGCAGGGCGGCUUGCUCUAUACUCACUUGAUGCAGCAGGGCGGCUUGCUCUAUACUCACUUGAUGCAGCAGGGCGGCUUGCUCUAUACUCACUUGAUGCAGCAGGGCGGCUUGCUCUAUACUCACUUGAUGCAGCAGGGCGGCUUGCUCUAUACUCACUUGAUGCAGCAGGGCGGCUUGCUCUAUACUCACUUGAUGCAGCAGGGCGGCUUGCUCUAUACUCACUUGAUGCAGCAGGGCGGCUUGCUCUAUACUCACUUGAUGCAGCAGGGCGGCUUGCUCUAUACUCACUUGAUGCAGCAGGGCGGCUUGCUCUAUACUCACUUGAUGCAGCAGGGCGGCUUGCUCUAUACUCACUUGAUGCAGCAGGGCGGCUUGCUCUAUACUCACUUGAUGCAGCAGGGCGGCUUGCUCUAUACUCACUUGAUGCAGCAGGGCGGCUUGCUCUAUACUCACUUGAUGCAGCAGGGCGGCUUGCUCUAUACUCACUUGAUGCAGCAGGGCGGCUUGCUCUAUACUCACUUGAUGCAGCAGGGCGGCUUGCUCUAUACUCACUUGAUGCAGCAGGGCGGCUUGCUCUAUACUCACUUGAUGCAGCAGGGCGGCUUGCUCUAUACUCACUUGAUGCAGCAGGGCGGCUUGCUCUAUACUCACUUGAUGCAGCAGGGCGGCUUGCUCUAUACUCACUUGAUGCAGCAGGGCGGCUUGCUCUAUACUCACUUGAUGCAGCAGGGCGGCUUGCUCUAUACUCACUUGAUGCAGCAGGGCGGCUUGCUCUAUACUCACUUGAUGCAGCAGGGCGGCUUGCUCUAUACUCACUUGAUGCAGCAGGGCGGCUUGCUCUAUACUCACUUGAUGCAGCAGGGCGGCUUGCUCUAUACUCACUUGAUGCAGCAGGGCGGCUUGCUCUAUACUCACUUGAUGCAGCAGGGCGGCUUGCUCUAUACUCACUUGAUGCAGCAGGGCGGCUUGCUCUAUACUCACUUGAUGCAGCAGGGCGGCUUGCUCUAUACUCACUUGAUGCAGCAGGGCGGCUUGCUCUAUACUCACUUGAUGCAGCAGGGCGGCUUGCUCUAUACUCACUUGAUGCAGCAGGGCGGCUUGCUCUAUACUCACUUGAUGCAGCAGGGCGGCUUGCUCUAUACUCACUUGAUGCAGCAGGGCGGCUUGCUCUAUACUCACUUGAUGCAGCAGGGCGGCUUGCUCUAUACUCACUUGAUGCAGCAGGGCGGCUUGCUCUAUACUCACUUGAUGCAGCAGGGCGGCUUGCUCUAUACUCACUUGAUGCAGCAGGGCGGCUUGCUCUAUACUCACUUGAUGCAGCAGGGCGGCUUGCUCUAUACUCACUUGAUGCAGCAGGGCGGCUUGCUCUAUACUCACUUGAUGCAGCAGGGCGGCUUGCUCUAUACUCACUUGAUGCAGCAGGGCGGCUUGCUCUAUACUCACUUGAUGCAGCAGGGCGGCUUGCUCUAUACUCACUUGAUGCAGCAGGGCGGCUUGCUCUAUACUCACUUGAUGCAGCAGGGCGGCUUGCUCUAUACUCACUUGAUGCAGCAGGGCGGCUUGCUCUAUACUCACUUGAUGCAGCAGGGCGGCUUGCUCUAUACUCACUUGAUGCAGCAGGGCGGCUUGCUCUAUACUCACUUGAUGCAGCAGGGCGGCUUGCUCUAUACUCACUUGAUGCAGCAGGGCGGCUUGCUCUAUACUCACUUGAUGCAGCAGGGCGGCUUGCUCUAUACUCACUUGAUGCAGCAGGGCGGCUUGCUCUAUACUCACUUGAUGCAGCAGGGCGGCUUGCUCUAUACUCACUUGAUGCAGCAGGGCGGCUUGCUCUAUACUCACUUGAUGCAGCAGGGCGGCUUGCUCUAUACUCACUUGAUGCAGCAGGGCGGCUUGCUCUAUACUCACUUGAUGCAGCAGGGCGGCUUGCUCUAUACUCACUUGAUGCAGCAGGGCGGCUUGCUCUAUACUCACUUGAUGCAGCAGGGCGGCUUGCUCUAUACUCACUUGAUGCAGCAGGGCGGCUUGCUCUAUACUCACUUGAUGCAGCAGGGCGGCUUGCUCUAUACUCACUUGAUGCAGCAGGGCGGCUUGCUCUAUACUCACUUGAUGCAGCAGGGCGGCUUGCUCUAUACUCACUUGAUGCAGCAGGGCGGCUUGCUCUAUACUCACUUGAUGCAGCAGGGCGGCUUGCUCUAUACUCACUUGAUGCAGCAGGGCGGCUUGCUCUAUACUCACUUGAUGCAGCAGGGCGGCUUGCUCUAUACUCACUUGAUGCAGCAGGGCGGCUUGCUCUAUACUCACUUGAUGCAGCAGGGCGGCUUGCUCUAUACUCACUUGAUGCAGCAGGGCGGCUUGCUCUAUACUCACUUGAUGCAGCAGGGCGGCUUGCUCUAUACUCACUUGAUGCAGCAGGGCGGCUUGCUCUAUACUCACUUGAUGCAGCAGGGCGGCUUGCUCUAUACUCACUUGAUGCAGCAGGGCGGCUUGCUCUAUACUCACUUGAUGCAGCAGGGCGGCUUGCUCUAUACUCACUUGAUGCAGCAGGGCGGCUUGCUCUAUACUCACUUGAUGCAGCAGGGCGGCUUGCUCUAUACUCACUUGAUGCAGCAGGGCGGCUUGCUCUAUACUCACUUGAUGCAGCAGGGCGGCUUGCUCUAUACUCACUUGAUGCAGCAGGGCGGCUUGCUCUAUACUCACUUGAUGCAGCAGGGCGGCUUGCUCUAUACUCACUUGAUGCAGCAGGGCGGCUUGCUCUAUACUCACUUGAUGCAGCAGGGCGGCUUGCUCUAUACUCACUUGAUGCAGCAGGGCGGCUUGCUCUAUACUCACUUGAUGCAGCAGGGCGGCUUGCUCUAUACUCACUUGAUGCAGCAGGGCGGCUUGCUCUAUACUCACUUGAUGCAGCAGGGCGGCUUGCUCUAUACUCACUUGAUGCAGCAGGGCGGCUUGCUCUAUACUCACUUGAUGCAGCAGGGCGGCUUGCUCUAUACUCACUUGAUGCAGCAGGGCGGCUUGCUCUAUACUCACUUGAUGCAGCAGGGCGGCUUGCUCUAUACUCACUUGAUGCAGCAGGGCGGCUUGCUCUAUACUCACUUGAUGCAGCAGGGCGGCUUGCUCUAUACUCACUUGAUGCAGCAGGGCGGCUUGCUCUAUACUCACUUGAUGCAGCAGGGCGGCUUGCUCUAUACUCACUUGAUGCAGCAGGGCGGCUUGCUCUAUACUCACUUGAUGCAGCAGGGCGGCUUGCUCUAUACUCACUUGAUGCAGCAGGGCGGCUUGCUCUAUACUCACUUGAUGCAGCAGGGCGGCUUGCUCUAUACUCACUUGAUGCAGCAGGGCGGCUUGCUCUAUACUCACUUGAUGCAGCAGGGCGGCUUGCUCUAUACUCACUUGAUGCAGCAGGGCGGCUUGCUCUAUACUCACUUGAUGCAGCAGGGCGGCUUGCUCUAUACUCACUUGAUGCAGCAGGGCGGCUUGCUCUAUACUCACUUGAUGCAGCAGGGCGGCUUGCUCUAUACUCACUUGAUGCAGCAGGGCGGCUUGCUCUAUACUCACUUGAUGCAGCAGGGCGGCUUGCUCUAUACUCACUUGAUGCAGCAGGGCGGCUUGCUCUAUACUCACUUGAUGCAGCAGGGCGGCUUGCUCUAUACUCACUUGAUGCAGCAGGGCGGCUUGCUCUAUACUCACUUGAUGCAGCAGGGCGGCUUGCUCUAUACUCACUUGAUGCAGCAGGGCGGCUUGCUCUAUACUCACUUGAUGCAGCAGGGCGGCUUGCUCUAUACUCACUUGAUGCAGCAGGGCGGCUUGCUCUAUACUCACUUGAUGCAGCAGGGCGGCUUGCUCUAUACUCACUUGAUGCAGCAGGGCGGCUUGCUCUAUACUCACUUGAUGCAGCAGGGCGGCUUGCUCUAUACUCACUUGAUGCAGCAGGGCGGCUUGCUCUAUACUCACUUGAUGCAGCAGGGCGGCUUGCUCUAUACUCACUUGAUGCAGCAGGGCGGCUUGCUCUAUACUCACUUGAUGCAGCAGGGCGGCUUGCUCUAUACUCACUUGAUGCAGCAGGGCGGCUUGCUCUAUACUCACUUGAUGCAGCAGGGCGGCUUGCUCUAUACUCACUUGAUGCAGCAGGGCGGCUUGCUCUAUACUCACUUGAUGCAGCAGGGCGGCUUGCUCUAUACUCACUUGAUGCAGCAGGGCGGCUUGCUCUAUACUCACUUGAUGCAGCAGGGCGGCUUGCUCUAUACUCACUUGAUGCAGCAGGGCGGCUUGCUCUAUACUCACUUGAUGCAGCAGGGCGGCUUGCUCUAUACUCACUUGAUGCAGCAGGGCGGCUUGCUCUAUACUCACUUGAUGCAGCAGGGCGGCUUGCUCUAUACUCACUUGAUGCAGCAGGGCGGCUUGCUCUAUACUCACUUGAUGCAGCAGGGCGGCUUGCUCUAUACUCACUUGAUGCAGCAGGGCGGCUUGCUCUAUACUCACUUGAUGCAGCAGGGCGGCUUGCUCUAUACUCACUUGAUGCAGCAGGGCGGCUUGCUCUAUACUCACUUGAUGCAGCAGGGCGGCUUGCUCUAUACUCACUUGAUGCAGCAGGGCGGCUUGCUCUAUACUCACUUGAUGCAGCAGGGCGGCUUGCUCUAUACUCACUUGAUGCAGCAGGGCGGCUUGCUCUAUACUCACUUGAUGCAGCAGGGCGGCUUGCUCUAUACUCACUUGAUGCAGCAGGGCGGCUUGCUCUAUACUCACUUGAUGCAGCAGGGCGGCUUGCUCUAUACUCACUUGAUGCAGCAGGGCGGCUUGCUCUAUACUCACUUGAUGCAGCAGGGCGGCUUGCUCUAUACUCACUUGAUGCAGCAGGGCGGCUUGCUCUAUACUCACUUGAUGCAGCAGGGCGGCUUGCUCUAUACUCACUUGAUGCAGCAGGGCGGCUUGCUCUAUACUCACUUGAUGCAGCAGGGCGGCUUGCUCUAUACUCACUUGAUGCAGCAGGGCGGCUUGCUCUAUACUCACUUGAUGCAGCAGGGCGGCUUGCUCUAUACUCACUUGAUGCAGCAGGGCGGCUUGCUCUAUACUCACUUGAUGCAGCAGGGCGGCUUGCUCUAUACUCACUUGAUGCAGCAGGGCGGCUUGCUCUAUACUCACUUGAUGCAGCAGGGCGGCUUGCUCUAUACUCACUUGAUGCAGCAGGGCGGCUUGCUCUAUACUCACUUGAUGCAGCAGGGCGGCUUGCUCUAUACUCACUUGAUGCAGCAGGGCGGCUUGCUCUAUACUCACUUGAUGCAGCAGGGCGGCUUGCUCUAUACUCACUUGAUGCAGCAGGGCGGCUUGCUCUAUACUCACUUGAUGCAGCAGGGCGGCUUGCUCUAUACUCACUUGAUGCAGCAGGGCGGCUUGCUCUAUACUCACUUGAUGCAGCAGGGCGGCUUGCUCUAUACUCACUUGAUGCAGCAGGGCGGCUUGCUCUAUACUCACUUGAUGCAGCAGGGCGGCUUGCUCUAUACUCACUUGAUGCAGCAGGGCGGCUUGCUGUGUCCUGUGCGGUAGCGCAAGAGACGAGGGUUGUCGUCCACCGAAUCAAAUAUCCAGAUCUGAUUUACGAGCACGGAACGGCCUCCUCCCUGUGA